AUCUACCUCACUCUCACCUCACCUCAUUACGCGCACAUGACCAUGCUUGAGCACGACUAGUACCGCAGCCUUUACGAUGCACGUAUAGAUUACGGGCGCGAGCUCUGCGACGAUGGGUCUCAUCACCAAGGCGAAAGGUGCGCCAAAGUCUGACGGUGGCUCCUCCGGCGGCGGGGGCGUGAAGUACAUUUGCAAUGUGUGCAGCAAUGAUAUCACCGCUACUGUGCGCAUUAGAUGUGCGAGCAAGAGUUGCAACGACUACGACCUGUGCGUGCCGUGCUUCUCCCAGGGCAAAGCCAACCUGCAUCACGAUCCGCGAACCCAUGCCUAUCAAGUAAUCGAGCCGCAUAGCAUACCGAUAUUCGAUGAAGAUUGGGGCGCCGACGAGGAGUUGCUACUACUAGAGGGGGCAGAACAAUAUGGCCUGGGGAGCUUCGCCGAUAUUGCAGAGCAUAUUGGUGGUCAUCGCGAGAAGGAUGAGGUUCGGGACCACUACAUCCAGACCUACGUGAACUCGUCCAAGUUCCCCUUGCCAGAGCGAGCAGACCCCAAAGAUACGACACUCAGUGACGCAGUACCACGGGAGGAAUUUCAAAAGCGCAAAAAGAGGCGCAUUGACGAGCGCAACAAGACAAAGGAUGAGCAGAAAGAGACGGCUUCGAUACCUGCCAAACCAACUUCUUCUGUGCCUAGCUGUCAUGAGGUCGCGGGCUUCAUGCCAGGGCGUUUGGAGUUUGAGAAUGAGUACUUCAACGAGGCCGAAGAAGCAGUGCAGCAUAUGCAGUUCUCGCCCGAAGAAGGCAUCAAUCCCGCCACGAAGCAGUUCGACCCGGAGACGGAACUGAAAAUGGUGGUCAUGACCAUAUACAACGACCGUUUGACUGCGAGAACAGAUCGGAAAAAGGUCAUCUUCAAUCACCGGCUGCUCGAAUAUAGGAAGAACACGGCUAUUGAUAAGAAGCGGACAAAGGAGCAAAGAGAUCUGCAUCACAAGCUGAAGCCUUUCGCCCGAAUCAUGUCGCAUCCGGACUUUGUCGAAUUCUCACAGGAUCUGGAGAAAGAGCAGAACCUCAGGCAAGCCAUUGCGCAGCUACAAGAGUGGCGCAGAAUGCGUAUAGAGACGCUGCAGCACGGAGAAAAGUACGAACAGGAGAAAGCCCAACGAUCAACUGCGCGAACGUUCCCACUACAAGGGCAAUUCGAUCGUCUGACUAAUGGAAUACGCCCGAAACUUACAGACAAGGACAAGGGCAUACCUGAAGUGGCCCCAGCAGUAAUAGACUACACCACCAAAGCGGACCUGCCAGUCAGGCUCCAUUCUGAUAAGGAUCCGGCAAACGUUGUGCUGAGCGGCGAGACACCCAAACGUAUCCCGCUUCAGCCAAUACCAGGGCUUGCUCCUGCAAACUGGGACGAAGAGCAAUCGCCGGAUUGGCAGCUCCUCCAGGCUUCGGAGCAGGACCUCUGCAGCAAGCUUCGUCUGCAUCCCAAAGCCUACAUUUGUAUUAAAGAUGCAGUGAUGAGGGAGGCCGUGAAAUGUGAUGGCAGGCUUAAGAAGAAAAAUGUUAGGGAAAUUUCCAAGAUUGAUACCACUAAGGGCGGUAGGAUAUUCGAGUUUCUUGUGGAGUCGGGUUGGAUCAGCAAUGCGGCCAAGACAUAGUCUAGUCGCGGAGAUUCUGCUGGCGAGGAAUCAUGUUGAACAUCAUCGUCUGUCAUGGCAUAGGAGAGUCGACGAACUACGUAGCCACGUACAGGUCACACAGCACACGUGGUAUAGGUCGCUCAGCAGCGAGAUUGUUGGGUGAACGAAACGCAUUUAUGUAAAACCUCAAAAUUAUACACAUCA